AGGAAAUGUCCAUCUAUCUUGGAAGAUCAUGCGCGACUCUGGAAAUAGACCAUGCAUGGAAUUAUCUUCUUUAUCGGUUGUUGAUAGUACUGCGCUUAAACGCUGCCAGCCAGUUUAUUCUUUCAGGAGUCCUGUGAUCAAUGAAUUAGUUGCAUAUGAGGAGUACAAAGAGGUUCAGGUAUUUCAGAGCUUCCCUCCCAUCUUCACGUUGGGACAACUCGGCUCUUAUGAUGCCAGCCGUUGAGUUUAAUUACAAAGCUCCCGUGGCUCGUGCGGGCGGAGGCAUUCGAAUUGCGCCAAAUUUCCCUACGGACACUGGACCUAUCAACAUGGCUUUAGCUACUGCGCGCAACUCCGAAGUCCCAAGACUUCUCAAGAAAUCUGGAGAGCUGACAAAGGAAGAUGAUAGUAUCCUAUACUACCACCUUCAGAGCAACGAGCCAGUGUACGUAGGUAAAGACGAGUCUGAUGAGAUCUUCAAUGGGGUCUGGCUGAAUGAGAGCGCGAUUCAAAAGCUACCAACGGCCUGGAACAAUAUGUUGAAACUACGCGAAAUGCUCUUGAAACGGGGAGAAGGGGAAUAUCGAGACCGAAGUGCUUUCGAAAUGAUUUUGGCUGGUCGUGACACUCGGAAUGAUUCUUUCAAAUCACCACGAUGCUACAAGAUUGGCUUCACGGUCUUUCCACUUGAACCAGAGACCGAUAUGCUGGAGUGCGGUAUGGUGGAGCCCAACAAAGUCAUGAUCGAGCACCAAGAACUGAUUGUGGACGCAAGUCGUCUGGCUGCUGCCAUUACUACCGAAAUAGUGGAAGCCAACGCACCACCCGAAGUCUUGAAAAUGCUCGCCCGACGUGCGGCCAUUGAUGUUCCAAUGAUGAUAGGUUCUGAAAAGAACAUAUAUUCCACCACUUGCCAACUCAACUUCUCCGAUGGUGACGAGGCAUCUCUGGAGAUAGCAUUAGGAGAUGAUGGAACACUCCACGUCGAUGUUCACGACGAUAUCAGACAGUGGACCACUUUGAUAUCACUCAGCAACAAUGUCACUGGAUACUGGCCGGGAAGAACUCUCAUUACAUCCCACCGUAUUUAUGCUGUAAUGGCACCUUUCACUGUCCUCCUCUGCAAAGCAGCCAAUCCACACCUAAGCAUUAGGCCCGAACUUAUGGUGGGGUCUGAUCGUGCUCCAUACCUUCCAUCGGUUUCAUCUGUCCCCACACUCGAUCCUGAAGAACACAUCUCAGCACGUGUCACGGCGGUCAACUAUUCAAACGAAGCGAUCAUGAACAGAUCUCCACUCCUUGCACGCGAACAUUCUUCAAUCCUUCUACAGAAAUUCGAAACGAAUGGCGAGCUCCCCAGAUCACCCCACGCACUGCCUUCUGCACUCAUGGCCUUCGGCACACGGAAGAACCAGUUUGAAUGGCUCGCCUGUGCUACUGCUUGGGAAAAGGCUCUUCUUGCUCGCAUGAAUGAUUCUUACGUUCUUCCUUCUACCAUAGAAAUUUCCAGACUCUUUCGAUGGCGAGAAGCUGGUGUUACUCACAUGCCCGAUGUGCAACGUAUCCAAAAGGUUCUAGAUGGGAACGAGGACACGCCAGAGAACCGGCAACAAGACGAAGAAGACGAAGAAUUCGCUGAGAGAUGCAGGGAGCAGUUGUCUCAGGGAUGCUUCGAGGAUGCCGAGACAUGAAGAGGGGUAAACUAUCAUAUGUUG